GCUUUCCGGCAGAGCGUGCUGCUGGAGGUCAGAGGCGUGAGGAGACGUGUUGUGUAAACUGAACCGAGAACAUUGUGUUUCCAUCUUUGAAUCGCACUUUAAAAUCAUUACACAUUUCUUUGGGGCUUCGUCUACAAGUCGUGGUGACUGUGGCGGCACGUCGCCGAGUUGUUCACCGUCAGUUUUCCGCAUUGCUUCACGGCUAGCGGCGCCUGCUAACGUUAGCCGGCUAGGCUAGGCUAGGUUAGCAGCUCCUCUCCAGACUCCUGAACGACCCCCGCGGAUCUCCUCCAACCAUGGACAACAACUCCCAAGGAUCCGGGGCUAUGAAAGGAGGACUCGGGGGUAUCUUCGGGGGUGGUGCACCUGAAUACUCCAACACAGAGCUCGCCGGGGUCCCGCUGACUGGGAUGAGCCCUCUGUCUCCGUACCUCAACGUGGACCCUCGUUACCUGGUCCAGGACACAGAUGAAUUCAUUCUGCCCACUGGUGCCAAUAAAACAAGAGGGAGGUUUGAACUGGCCUUCUUUACUAUUGGAGGCUCCUGUAUGACAGGAGCGGCUCUCGGGGCUGUAAACGGCCUUCGGAUGGGUUUGAAAGAAACUAGAGACAUGGCAUGGUCCAAACCACGCAAUGUACAAAUACUGAACAUGGUGACCCGGCAAGGUGCUUCUUGGGCCAACUCUUUGGGCUCUGUUGCCUUAUUAUAUAGUGUUUUUGGUGUGGCGAUAGAAAAGGCCAGAGGAGCUGAAGACGACAUCAACACAGUGGCUGCUGGGACGUUAACAGGGGUGCUCUUCAAAUCAGCCAGCGGAUUAAAGGGCGCCGCCCGAGGGGGUCUGGCCGGUCUAGCUCUGUCUGGUGCCUACGCGCUAUACAACAACUGGGACCAUCUCACCGGCUCGUCCUCGUCCUCCAGGCUGUACUGAAGUCCUCCUGGCAGCUGCUUCCACUUGGGGGCCAAAUCAUCGGAGGACACGGCCUUUGGUCACAGCUGAGAGGGACUCUGGUCAAACGCUGUGUGCUUUUCCUCACCCCCACCCCCCUCCAUUACCUGGAAAGUUGCUUUCCAGGUGCAUUCUGGGAAAAGAGAGACUAUUGAAAUCCAGAUGUAGACCGUCCUGAUGCCUCUCGCUCUGUGUUCUGAGGUGUUGGUGUUACUGAGAGGAUCAGUAACGAGGAUGUGGCGUUUAUUAUGAAAUCGCUUUUAGGAGAUUGAUCAGUCUCCUCUCAUGCUGUAUUCGAAAUCUGUGAACCUGUGGCUUGAUCCCAUUUGUAAGAUGACCUUUUGACAUUUGAAGAGCAGAUUUGUGAUUAACUUUGGACUGAGAGAAUCUUCUUGGUAGAAAGAGUCUCAUGGUUCUACUUGUGUAUUUCCUGGAAUUCGUCUUGCAGCAGAAACAAACCGCUGGAAGCUGAUAACGUGUCUCCAUCAAACACUGUACGAUAAACUGAACUCAAUAAACACGUGA